UAAAAGUAUAAUCAUUUUUAAAUAAACAAAUAGUUUUAAAAAAAUGAUAGACUGUACUAAUACUGAUAUGGUUUCAUGCUUUGAUGACAAAAAAAUUGUGAAAGAUUUAAAAGUUCCAGACAAUGAGAAUAAUAAUGAUCUGGAUGAAACUAAAAUAAAUUAUAAAGAGAAAUAUAGGAGCUUAAAAAGAAAGUUAAGCUGUCUUUUAUAUGAACAAGAAUGUUUUCAUGAAGAACUUCAAAAAGUACAAAAGAAAUGUCUUCGAGCAUCUAGAGACAAAAGUUUUCUUUUGGAUCGUCUUCUUCAAUUUGAAAAACCAUCAUUUUCUUCAUCAGAUGAUGAAAACACUGAUUCAUCCUCCAAUGAAAAGGAAGAAAAAGUUAUUGAAAAAAAAGAAAUUAACAAAACAAAAAAGAAAAAGAAAAUCUCAACUCAAAAGAAUAUUCAAUUAAAUCACAACACCAAUAUUCAAUCAAACUCUUCAGAGAAAUCAAAUAAAUUCUCAGAAAAAUCAAAUAACAAAACAAACUUAGCAAAAAACAAAUUAUCUAAAAAUGUUUCAGUUAGUGAUAUGGAGAAAGUGCGAUGCACUCAUACAGAUAAUGGCAAACAGUGCACAAAACUAGUCAGCACAAAAAUAAAGUCAGGAAUCUGUUUUAUUCACAGGCAACAAAUGACUGAUAAUAGUUCUUCGCUAAAAAAGUCAUCUGUGAAACGCGUUUACCCUCCAACCGGGGGUAAAGACAUAGGCCAAAUCAGAGAGGCAAUGGAAGCUAGCUCGCGUAUUGAUACUUCUACGGAAGAUGAAGAUGAUGAACUAGUUAUAGAUUUGCCAUAGAAAUUCGUACAGUUUAAUAUUUAACUAUUAAAUUCAGUUAAACAA